GUGAUAGUACAGUACAAUCGACAUGCAGCGCGCCUUUCUGUUCUCUGUCACAGUCUGUGUCGUGGGCUUGCUCAGCUCUCAUCGCGUCCAUGGAGAUCACCUGGGAGAGUAUCGCACGGUGGAUGUCAUCCGGGAUUAUGGGUACGAAGCAGAGGAGUACAAUGUAGUUACGGAAGAUGGAUACAUCCUGGCUUUGACCCAUAUCAAGUCCAAUUCUACCAAAAUGCCAGUGUUGAUGAUGCAUGGUGUAUUAGCAGCAUCUGAGCAAUGGGUUUUGAAAGGUCCUGGACAAGAUCUAGCAUUUCUUCUAGCCGAUGAAGGACACGAUGUGUGGCUUGGUGACCAAAGAGGCAAUCACUACUCGAGAAGUCAUGUGAAGUACAAUACAUCGCAACCAGAAUACUGGGACUUCAGCUUCCACGAAGCAGGAAUGUACGAUCUACCUGCAUUCAUCAACACUAUACUGAAUUACUCGGGCAGCGAGCAGAUACACUAUGUGGGACACUCUAUGGGAACCUCUGUCUACUACGUCAUGUGUUCUCUCAGACCCGAAUACAACCAUCUGGUUAGAACAGCUGUACAUUUGGCUCCAGUCGUAUAUGGGCUGCGUAAGAGCUUGACCUCCUCCCUUCAAUUGAUGCUGCAGAAUGCUGAGGACCUUGCUGACGUUCUAAAGAAACAGAAUAUCCACGAGUUCCUGCCAAGGACUUCAAGAAACCAGAGGAUGAUAGACAACGUAUGUUCAGAACGCAACAAGUUUCUUUGCCUCUUUAUGGUUGGGCCAGAUAUACGGUCCUGAGACGUACAUUACAAAUACUACAAAGCUGAGAAAUUACCUGAAGAGCCUUCAGUCAGGAACAUCCAUAAAGACUAUGCUACAUUUAACUCAGAUCUUCAGAUCUAAAAACUUUGCCCAAUUCGACUACGGGAAGAAGCAGAACUACGAGAUCUACAAUGACAA